GUAGGAAUUUCCGGUUACGUCAGGGCGUCAGGACUCCAUUAGAGCUGCAGCUGUUUUGAGAGAAACAACAACAAAAACGGGCUAACUGACAGCGCUCCCACAGUGACAGUCCGCUCUGAGCCCGACAACGAGGCCUCAAAUCUGGAAGCUUAACCUUCAUUUCCCACCCGGAGCUCCGCCGGCUUCUAACCACGGCCGCUCUCGGUGAGGAAACUCUGGCCUCCGCUUCCUCCUCCUCCGACUCGGACACCGGCGGAGCGUCGCCGCCCCCGCGGAAGAAGCACCGAGCCUCGGCGGCGGAGGGAGCAGGAGAGCCCGGGGCUUCAGCAGUUGUAACAGGCCUAACCGGAGUUGUCUUAGGACUUGCUACUCACUCUUCGCACUCUCAAGCCACCUCUGCCAUCCACUUUAACCGAAGUGUCGUCAACAACCUCAGCAGCAGCAUGCAGGCAAACGGGGCAGGACAGGGACAAGAAUCUUCAGAGCUCUCCUGCCUUAACAGCGCACAAAACGGGGAGUCAUCCUCGGCCGGUGGCACCCACUCCAACGGGCUUCUCUCCAGCACAGACAACGGGAAUAGCGUCGGUACCAGUAACGGCUCUUCAGCCGGGCCCGGUUCGGGGACUUCGGCUGCCUCUACAGCGUCGGGCUCGGAGGUCGGCUCUCUGAAAAAGAAAAAACGACUAUCGCAGGCGGAGGAAGAUGUCAUACGAUUAAUAGGGCAACAUCUCCACGGACUAGGGCUGAAUCAGACAGUGGACCUGCUGAUGCAGGAAUCAGGCUGCAGACUGGAACACCCCUCAGCUACCAAGUUCCGCAACCAUGUCAUGGAGGGGGAGUGGGACAAGGCUGAGAAUGAUCUCAAUGAGCUGAGAGCACUGAUGCAUUCUCCCAACGCCAUUGUGCGUAUGAAGUUCCUGCUGCUGCAGCAGAAGUACCUAGAAUAUCUGGAGGACGGCAAAGUCCUGGAGGCUCUGCAGGUGCUCCGGGGAGAGCUGACGCCACUCAAGUACAACACAGACCGCAUCCACGUACUUAGCGGGUACCUAAUGUGCAGCCAUGCUGAGGACCUGAGGGCAAAGGCAGAGUGGGAGGGCAAAGGCACCGCCUCACGCUGCCGACUGCUGGACAAACUACAGACAUACCUGCCACCUUCUGUGAUGCUACCCCCGCGGCGGCUGCAGACCCUGCUGCGGCAAGCGGUGGAGCUGCAGAGGGACCGCUGCCUCUAUCACAACACCAAGCUGGACAGUAAUCUGGACUCGGUCUCUCUCCUCCUCGAUCACGUCUGCAGCAGGAAGCAGUUCCCCUGCUACACCCAACAGAUUCUGACAGAGCACUGUAACGAGGUGUGGUUCUGCAAAUUCUCAAACGACGGCACCAAACUAGCCACUGGCUCCAAAGACACUACAGUCAUAAUUUGGCAAGUGGACCCGGAGAGCCACCAGUUGAAGCUGCUGCGAACCCUGGAGGGUCACGCGUACGGUGUCUCCUACUUAGCAUGGAGUCCCGAUGACACCUACCUGAUCGCCUGUGGACCUGACGACUGCUCUGAGCUGUGGCUCUGGAAUGUUCAGACGGGGGAGCUGCGGACCAAAAUGUCCCAGUCCCAUGAAGACAGUCUGACCAGUGUGGCAUGGAACCCCGACGGCAAACGCUUUGUCACAGGAGGACAGAGGGGACAGUUUUAUCAGUGUGACCUGGACGGUAACUUGCUGGACUCCUGGGAGGGUGUGAGAGUGCAGUGCCUGUGGUGCCUGGGCGAUGGCAGAGCAGUGCUGGCCUCGGACACACACCAGCGUAUCCGGGGGUACAACUUCGAGGACCUUACUGACAGAAACAUAGUUCAGGAGGACCACCCUAUCAUGUCUUUUACUGUUUCAAAGAACGGAAGAUUAGCUUUGUUAAAUGUAGCAACUCAGGGAGUGCACCUGUGGGACCUUCAGGACCGGGUGCUGGUGAGGAAAUACCAAGGUGUGACCCAAGGCUUCUACACCAUCCACUCCUGCUUCGGAGGACACAACGAAGACUUUAUUGCCAGUGGCAGUGAAGACCACAAAGUGUACAUCUGGCACCGGCGUGGCGAACUUCCCAUCGCCGAGCUAACAGGCCACACGCGUACCGUUAACUGUGUGAGCUGGAACCCGGUCAUCCCAGGACUAAUGGCUUCCGCCUCAGAUGAUGGCACAGUGCGUGUCUGGGGUCCUGCACCCUUCCUCGACUCGCAAGAGGCGGACGGACUCAACGAAAACUGCAGUAACAUGGACAGUUGAUGGUCACUUAUGGAGCAGAUGACAUCUCUCUUUAACAACAACCCAAGAACCCCACAAUAAAACAAAAAUAGAAACGGGCGAAUCGAAUCUCAACACCAACCUAAAGCAAGACGAGAAUAACAAACAAAAAGCCACCAAGAUGAAAAAUAAGAGAAAACAAAAGUGAGAAAAAAACGUCUCCCGACUGGCCUAGACAAAACGGUGGAGGUGACGACGGACAUUCUGAAGAUUCGGGUGUUCAUCCAAAACCUGACCCCUGACCCAGAGGAAGACCAGCCAGUGUCCCCAGCGGGCUACGACCGCCAUCCACUGGCGAGCUGUAACGGCUGCUUCUCCUCCUCCAACUGACCCGUCUUCCCCCCACCUCGCCGCAUGGCCACCAGCCGUGCCAGGUCCUCACAGAGUUUCCCAGGAAACCUCCACCUUGAGCUUGGAGCACAUCAAUUUCCCCCCUGUGAUGCCUCCGGACAGACACCGCAGACCAGCCGUCUAUCAUUGGACUACACCUGUCUGCCUGUUUGUCUCUCACAUUACCUGUAUAAUGUCUCCAUGGACAUGGGUGGGGUGUUGCUGGGGGAGGAUGGUGCAUCGGGAGGGGGGGGGAUAUAGCAACUCUUCUGUAUGUAUGUUUUCCUCCUCUUCCCCACUCUCUUGCUAUAUUCUUCGAUCUGUUGGACAAAAGGCUGAAAACCCAUCGUACAAACACUGACCGACCAGCUGACAAAGAACACACACACACAGAAAAAAAGGCUAUGCUAAAUGUUGGAAUUUUUUUAUGAUAGUCAUAGCGUAAUUCUCAUUUAAGAGGUGAAUCUUAGCUCAAGUAGUGCCCGUGGAACGCUUUAGCUUGAAGAUUCCACUUUGUGUUUCUCGACAUUAGGAAACUUUUUAUUCCUUAAUUUAACUUCUAACAAGGACAGUCGCUGUAACGUUUCCAGCUGACGGCCUCCCCUCCUCUCCUCCUUCGUCCCCCCUCCCCCCCUCUGUCGAGCUAGCAACCGCACAAACUCCAUUACAUCUGCCUAAGAGGAGCCGGACAGAGGGAUUCACAGGUCACAUAUCAACGGUGAGGGGGGCGGGGGUCACACGUUGGUGGUGAGGUGGGGUUUCCACUGUCAGGACACAUGACCUUUCUAAAAGACGUGAAAAAGUGCAACUCGGGAUUGCACGCCGCUGACUGCUGUCCCUCCUCUGUUCGUGUGCGUGUGUGUGUGUGUGUGUGCGUGUGUGUGAGAGUGACUGAGAGCGAUUAUGCAUGCACACAUUAGUGUGAGAGUUGACAUUUUGUGGGUGAAGGUUUAAUUGGCGCGUGUUUUUUUGUACGUGUGUUCAAUUCACACCAGCAGAAGAUUCACACCCCUCCUCCUCCUCCUCCUCCUCCUCCUCCUCCCCCACGCUCCUAAUCCCAUAGUAAAAUUGUAAAGAGGAUUUUAAACCAAUUCUAAGUUAUCCAAAGCCCCAUAGGGACCUCUAUCUGUGGAACAAAGAAUACUUGAGAGCCAUUUUGUAAAAGAAAAACUUUUAUUUAAUCUGGGGCUUUAAUUUUUACAUUUUGAACUCUUUUUUUUCUCCUCCUUAACCACGUGGCAUUCAAACGGCACUGAGUUAUUGGCAAUGAAUCAUCUCUGUGGGGGAAAAAAAGAAAAUUUAAAAAAGUGACUGAGGCAUGUUUCAAAAAGCUGUAAAACUGUUGUUUAUUAGCAAAGGGUCAUUUCAUAAGAGGAGUGAAUGAUUGUAAUUAUUGGAGUAGUUAGCACGGCCCUAGAGAUGAGAGGCACCAAUAACCAGAGGCACUCUGCCAACCCAGAACACACACAAACUGCCUUCCUGUUCAUACAGUUGCACACAAACCUUCAGUAUGUAUGACACCCCCGACCGCACUUCUUUGAGUGGUCUUUUGUUUUUUUGCUCUCUCGCACCUACUGCUAGCAUAAAUCCAUAAGCUCCUUAUGGUCGCCACACUUGCUGUUCUGAUGGCUUAAAAGGUCGCAUUGGCAGAUUGCUAAAGGAAUCGAACCCUCACUACGCCUCUAUGCACCCAAAAGCAGUGACUGAUCAUCUUGUAGACGUUAUAAAAAACUGAACCUCGCGCAUACAAGGCACAGCAGCCUCACAUCGAGGGCACCACUCUUGGAGCUUAGAGAGAAUUCAGCAUUAACACCCCCCCCCUCCCCCCUUCGCUCUCCAGCCAAGUUACCCAGUGGUCAGUGCGCCAUUCAAAGCUUUCUUCCUCCCUUUUUCAGGGUAUGUAAUGACUAUUUGCUACAGACUGAUAUACAGUAAAACAUGUUUAAAAUCAGUGCUUUUCUGUCUGUUUUUAUUGAACUUUUUUGUUACUUAAAUUUUUUGUUCACAUUAUAUCAUUUUUUUUGGUUGACCUCUAUCCCUGUAUGAUCAUAUUAAAAUAUAACCAGACA